AGGGCCGCUCCCCCAGCGCGCCGGGCGGGGCGUCCGAGGGGCGGGGCCAGCGGAGGCCGGACUCCCCGCCCCCGGGGCCAGGUGAGGGGCGGGGCUUUAAAGACCCGGAAGUGUCGCCGGCGCGCCGAUGGAGCUGCGACAGGCCAGAAGCGCCGGAGGAUGAGCAAGUGGGCCGAGGUUCCCGGGGCCCGGUGGCGGCGGUGGCGGCAGCAUCAGGGACUCUGACCCCCAGGAUCCGCCUCUGCCCCGGCUUUGGCUCAUCGGACCUCCCCUCCAGCCACAGCCUGGCAAGCUGCCAGACCACUCUUGGCCUCCUCCUCUUGGGCUGAGGAGCAUCUGCGUGUGGGGGGCAGGGGGUGCCCCCCCUUGGCGCCAAGAUAGGGCCUCCGGGGACCCUGCGUUCGGAGCGGCAGGACUCCCAGCCGCAGGCUGACCAGCCAAGAGCUAGGAAGAUGACCGAGUCCCUGGUGAAAAGGCUGGCAGUGACUCUGAUGGAUGCCACCACAGACAAGGACCCGCUGGUCCACGAGCAGAUCUUCAGCUCUCUGUGCUACUUGGGGAAAUCGGAACCUGAGGAGGUCCUGACCAGGCAUGCAAUGAGAAUACCUCGCGGCCCAGCACUGGCGUACCCCCACCGGGUCAUUGUCCUGAGGGCCAUGGAGGCCAUGGUGAGGAGCAGCGUGGCCGGCAUGGACAAGAGCAUGGCCAAGAUCGUCAUUUUCUUGGCGUCCAAUGAGAUGACCAAAUCCAAGGAGGUCAUCCCCGAGUGGCAGCAGGCGGCCAGUGACAUCCUAGUGGCCGUUGGGCGAUGCUUCAUCAACAAGGUGAUGGAGGAGGUGCUGACCAAGUUCCAGCCGGGCGUCCUGCCUCACUACUUCAUCGUGCGGACCUUUGCCAGCCUCUCCGUGGCCAACGUCUUUGGAAUGGUUCCUUUCCUCACCUCCAUCCUGGGAACGAUGCUGCCCAUGCUGGGGAUGGCAAAGCAGGAUCAUAUGAGAAGAUUAGGUCUUCUGUUUCGCUUUGCAGAACUUCAGGCAGAUGCCCAGCCAGCCUGGACCAGGCCCGGACCCCCCACGUGGUGGACUGCCAGCCAGGAAUCUUCAGCUUACGAAGUCCUCUUCAUCCUGGAGCAGAGGCCCCUUGCUGAGGACCUGCUGGGCUCUUGCUGCUCCGUGCAGCAGAAGUGGUUGAGGCUGGGCCCCAUAGGCCACCUCUUGCCCAGCCUUGGCGAGAAGCUGGAGGAGCUCCCUCGCCUCAUCCGGGCAUGCUGCUUUGGCCGGAGGAGGCGAUUGGAGGCCUACUACGUCUCAAAGAGUUUGUGCCAGAUCCUGGAAGCCUCGGUGAACAUCGGAAGCCGGACUCUGGACUUGCAGCUGGAUGGCCUCCUCAGUGCUCUGCAGCUGCAGAUCAGCACCCCCCCGGAUUCCUCCUUGCCAGUCCAGCUGAAGAACCACAACGAAGUCCUCCGUUGCUUCACUGUCCUGGCCGCUUCCUUCCCGGACCGUUUACUGGCGUUCCUGCUUCCGAAGCUGGAGUCGGGCAACGAAGGCAUGCGGGUGGGGGCCCUCACCAUCCUGCGGCAGAUCAUCAACAGUGCCCCCUCUCAGAUGGAGAUCAAGAAGCCCUUCAUCCUCUCCUCCAUGAAGUUGCCUCUCCAAGACCACAGCAAUAAGGUGAGGCGGGCCGUGGUUCAGGUGAUCAGCGCAAUGGCCCACCACGGGUACUUGGAGCAGCCGGGCGGGGAAGCCAUGAUCGAGUUCCUGGUCCGGCAGUGUGCCCUCCCGGUGGAGCAGUCUCCUCAGCUCCCCCGACGGCAGUCCCUGGAGGCGGAGGACUUGACGGACAGCCACGUCCGGGAGAUCAGCGUGAACACCCUCUUCCUCAUCAGCACCACCGUCGACAGGAUGAGCGAGGUCCUUUGGCCUUGCCUCCUGGAGUUUGUGACCCCCGUCCAUUUGACCGGUGCCCUGACCCCGCUCUGCAGGAGCCUCGUCUACCUGGCGGUGAAGAAGCAAGAAGAGGGACAGAAGGACUUCCAGCUCCACUAUGACACCAAUGCGAACCUCCCAUCCCCGUGUGCUCUGAUGGCCAGGCUGCUGGUUGUGUCUUCUCAGCCAUACGGAGGGGAGGGCCGUGGGGCAGCUGCUCUGCGUCUCCUGAACGUGCUGUCCCACAACAUCCACCCGACUCUGGAGCCCUUCUGGGGCAAGAAGCUCCCCAAGUUAGUGGAGCACCUGGAAGCAAACACAAAGGCGUCCCUGUCCCAGGAGGAGUGGGAAGACACCCUGCUGAAGUUCCUUCAACAGACCCUGGUGACCGUUUCAGACUCCUCUUGGACAUGUCAGCUGACCUUGGAGAUGUGCCGGCAGCUGAGCAGCUACGGUGGCUCCACUGCGGAGAAGAACUUCCUGUACAAAUGUGUCGGGGCCGCCUUGGCCGCUUGUGGGAGCAAGGACCUGGUCAGGAAGCUGCUGCAGGACCUGCUGGAAACCGCUCGAUACCAGGAGGAGGCCGAGCGGGAGGGACUGGGCUCCUGCCUGGGCCUCUGUGCAGUCAGCUAUCUGGAUGAGACCCUCGCCAAGCUGGAGGAGUUCGUGAAGUCGGACGUCUUCAGAAGGUCUGCCGGACUCUUCAGCAUCUUCAAGGAUCGCAGCGACAACGAAGUGGAGAAGGUGAAGGGCACCCUCAUCCUCUGCUACGGCUACGUGGCCAAGUACGCCCCGAACGAGCUGGUGCUGGCCCGGAUAGACACCGACAUCCUCCGGAACAUCUUCCUCUAUUUCCACACGAAGGUUCUGGGCAUAAAAGUAGAAACGAAGGACCUCUCGCUGAAGCUGUGCCUCAUCCAGAGCAUCUGCAUGGUCUGCCAGGCGAUCUGCAACAGCGCCCAGUCGGGGGACUUCGCCUUCUCCCAGAAGGCCGAGCUGGUGGCGCAGAUGACGGACUUCAUCAGGGCAGAACCCGCCGACUCCUUGAGGACUCCCAUCCGGCAGAGGGCCAUGGCUGCCUGCGGCUCCCUGUUCUUCCUGGAGCCCCCCCUAAGUGAUGCAGAGACGGCUGACCUGUUGGACACCUGCCUGAGCAGUGUGCUCGCCCUCCCCGAGACAGAAUCCCUGAGGGAGAAGGACAGCCCGGUGCUGGAGACCCUCUGGAGAGACACCCUGCGCGCCCUCAAGGACCUGCUGAAGGGGGUGCUGCUGAGGCACAUGAGCCCCCCAGCACCGAAGACCAUGUUUUCUGAGCCUCCAGCUGACCAGCAAAAGCCUCCCGCUGUCUGGCACCUGGGCCCCUGGAUCAGAUCCACCAAGGAGCACGAGCGGGCGCGGGCCGUGGAGGUGGCAGCCGCCGUUCUGGAAUUCUAUCAGGAGAAGCUGAACGUCAGCACGGUGGUCCCGUUCAGCAACCUCGGCCAGCUGAUGGCGCUCUUCUCCCCCCGCUGCACAGACUCUUUGGCCAGCGUCCGCCAGCAUGCGGUCGACUGCGUCUAUGCGCUUCUCUAUAUCCAGCUGUUCUAUGAAGGGUUUUCUCGGGACCACCGAGACGAGUCUCUGGAGAAGCUGAAAGCCAUGAAGCUGGGCCUGCGGGACCCCAACGUCAACACCCUCUUCCAGGCCUGCUGCAGCAUCGCCAAGGUCAUUGCGAAGCGCCUGCCUCCCGACCAGCUGCUCAGCCUGGUGCUCUCCAUGCUGGAGGGGCUGUCGGAUCCUGACCGAAACUGCUCCCGAGCAGCCGCCGUGAUGGUGAACUCCCUCCUGAAGGAGCGCGGCGGAGUCCUGCUGGAGAAGGUGCCUGAGAUCCUGGAGGUGGUGCACGCCAAGCUGCAGGAGGUGGACGAGGAGCACGUGCGGAAGGCUGCCCAGCAGACGGUUUACAUCCUGGCCUCCCAGCACAAGGCCGCCGUCGUAUCCAGCCUUCUGGGUAACCCCCUGCCCUUGGACAGCUGCUCCUGCACCAUGUGGCGGGCGCUGGCCCCCGACCCCGCCCUGGCCGCCCAGGUCGUCGAACUGCUGCUGGAGAAGAUCAAUCGGGACGUCCCGUACAAGGAGAACAGGUCCUUCCUCCGGGGGGGCAACGCGGAGCGCGUGGCCACCCUCCUCCCGCUCUCCGCCACCUGCGCUCUGCAUGAGCUCAUGUCUGUCCCGGAGUCCGGGCCGUCGGUCGUGGGCCUCUACGCGGAGCUCUUUGUGACUCUGCUGCUGCGGGUCAGCUGCACGGUGGGUAUCCAGUUGCCCAAGAGCCUGUCGUCCAAGGAGAGGAAGAGCCUCAGCCGAGGGCAGCCCCCCCGGGCUCUUGACCCCUGCAGCUCUGCCGUGGAGACCCUGAAGACCAUGCUCACCCAGGGGGGCAGCAGGACGGUGGCUCAGGCCGUGGCAGACGCUGGGGGCUGGGAGAUGCUGCACAGCAUGGAGAGGCACCACGAAGGCGUUGCGCUGUUGGCCAGUGCCAUGGCGAAGCAUGCUGGGCCCAAGCUCUCCCCGAUCGUCAAGAGCCUCGCGCCCAUGCUGAACAGCAUCUACGACAGCCAGAGGGUGACCACCACGGCCUUCUUUGCAGAGCUUCUCAAGAGCAAUGUGGUGAACGACCUCGUCCUCUUGGAGUCCAUGAUGGACAGCAUGACCGCCCGCCAGAGGGACCCCUGCACGGCUGUGCGCAUGCUUGCCCUCCGGGGCCUGGGCAACAUGGCCUUGGGCUCGCCAGCAAAGGUGCAGCAGCACAGCACCCAGCUGUUGGCCUCCAUGGUGAACGGCAUCGACGACAAGGACGACCCCCACAGCACGGUGGCGCUGGAAGCCAUGUCCAGCCUCUCCCGGAUCCUGGCCUUCGCGGAGGAGAGGGACGUGCGCUCCAUGCUGCUCCACAUAAAAGCUAUUAGCAUCACUGACCUUUUAGACAGCGAGAAGCAGGAGCUGCGCCACUCGUCCAUCGUCCUCUUUGGGACCCUGACCCAGUUCGGUGCCGGGAGCUGCGAGGACGCCUUCUUCGAGCAAAGUCUAGCACGGUCACUAUUGACCCUCUUGCUCCACCUGCAGGAUCCCAAACCAGAAGUGGUCAAGGCCUGCAAGUUUGCCUUGCGCAUGUGUGGCCCCAGCAUGGGCUGCCCCAUGCUCUGCGACAUGUUCCAGAACCACCUCCCACGGGGGGUGUGUGGCCGUGGAGCUUUGUGGGGCCGUCGCGCCCCCUUCCUGCUGGCCAGUGGCGCUCUGCACCCCUCUGUUUCUCAGCAGCAGGCACGCACUCUGGGGUGGAUGGGCAGUUGGCAGCAGUGGCUGGGCAAAGCUGUGCCGAGGCGGGGAGUGGAAGUGGGGGAGUUGAUGCAGAAGUACCCAGAGGCACUCGGCCGCUUGACUGCCACCAACCUCUUCUACUUCAAGAGCAACUGGGCCGACAUCCGAGCGGCUGCCCCCAUGUUUGUGGGCUUCCUGGUCCUGCACGUCGACAGAGAGCACUGCCAGCAUUUGGACGUGGAUGAGCUUGUGGCAGCCCUGACGGUCUUGCUGAAGGACCCCGUGACUGCGGUGCGGGUCAAGGUGGCCGAGACGCUGGGCCGCCUGGUCAGGAUCGUGUGAGACUCUCCGCUCUGCAGCCAGGGACCCCUCGGGACUCGGGCUGGACCCUCCUCCCCCUACACCGCCCCUUGGGGCGCACUAUGUCUUCCACAGCCACCGCAGCCAUCAGAUUCACGCUGAAUCACAACACCCGCCUCCGAGGGCAGAGCUGCGGCCCCAGGAGGCUCUUCUGCUGUCACACCGUCCCUCAAGCUGGGGCUUUAGGUUUUAAGUGGACUUCCUGUGCCAGGGACACACAGAGACUGGCCGGCCAGGCACCAGGGGACACAAGGGUCGCAGGGCUGCCAUUUCCAUUGUCACCCCGUCCUCACCCCACAUUCCUGGCCUUCCCCCACACUGGGCCCUGGGGGAAAGGGCACGGCCGGCCUCCCAACUCCUUCAGCCAUUGCAAGGAUUCACAUGGUGGCCUGUCUUGCUCUUCUGGGACCCAACCACUCUUGUGGCCGCUCCCUCCUGGCAGGGGCUCUGGGAGCCGGUACGUCUUCCACUGGUGCAGUCUUUGUCCCUUCCGGCAGGACCUUGCGCGCGUGUACAGACGAUCAGACCGCUUAUUUUUAAAUAAAGUUCUUUGCUUCUCA